CUGCCCACCGAACUAUAGUUUCUCAGAGAGACAAUUGCUUUUGACCGGACAAAGAAAAAAGCUGCCCGGUGACGUUACGAGUUUGCGACUCUCUAAACACGAUUAUCGCAACGUAGCGCUAUUCCGUACGUACUUACAUACAGACAUAAAACAACGAACUGGCUUUCGAUCAAGUUCCCGUUUUUUUUUUUUAGUCUUUUUAUUUGAAACUCGUUCUACGUACAGAGUUUGGUUCGGUAUAGAAUAUCUUAUCUUUUCUUUUUUUUUAUCAUCAAAAGACACGCGUCACUUCGCUUAUCAUUCAUUUUACUUACGCGUAAACCGCGUAAUGCAUCGACUACGCUCGUGCGACUUGACGGCUAAACUAUGGAGGAAACUGAACAACGCGCUUACGAUCCAUCGCCAGCGACGAUCGAUCGCCGCCGUGGACUCGCUCGUUUACGGACCCGAAGUGAGUGCGGCCCGAAACAACGGACUGCCGAUCGUCGCGCUGGAAUCGACGAUCAUCACGCACGGCAUGCCGUACCCGGACAAUUUGAACACCGCGCUGAAAGUUGAACAAGCGGUCAGAAAACAAGGCGCUGUGCCUGCGACAAUAGGAAUCAUAAGUGGGAAAGUGCACGUAGGCUUGAACGCUGAACAAUUGGAGAUUUUGUCGAAAGCGGAUUCCGCGAAGACCGCGAAAUGUUCACGCAGGGAUAUAUGUUGGGUCGUGUCUCGCGGAUUGAACGGCGGAACCACAGUCAGCGCGACGAUGUUGAUCGCGCACGCAGCGGGUAUCCCGAUAAUGGCAACAGGUGGUAUCGGCGGUGUUCACAGAAACGCCGAACUCACUUUUGACAUCAGCACGGACCUGACCGAACUCGGACGCACACCAGUGGCGGUUGUCUGCUCCGGUGUUAAAUCCAUCUUGGACAUCGCCAAGACGCUGGAGUAUCUGGAAACACAGGGAGUGUCGGUGAUAAAAAUCGGGGAAACACCGGAAUUUCCAGCUUUUUAUUGUUCCGAGACUGUGGAUAAAAUCGAGACGCCGUGUCGAGUUUCCAACGCUAAGGAAGCAGCUGACGUUGUGAGGGCGCAGAAAAGAUUGGCCAUUGACACGGGGAUGUUGCUCGCGGUCCCUAUCCCCGCGAAAUACGCGUUGAAACCGAGCGUCAUGGAUUCUGCGAUAUCCGAGGCUUUGAGAAAAGCCAACGACGCGAAUGUAACGGGCAAGCUGGUUACGCCGUUUCUUUUGAACGAGAUCAACAAAAUCACACGUGGCCGGUCUCUCGAAGCGAAUAUAGCUCUCAUAGAAAACAAUGCUAAGGUAGCGGCAGAAAUCGCGUUGAAUCUUUGCGAAAAGUCGUCAACAUCCCAUGAUGGACCUGCUCCUAUCCGGUCGAUAAUAUCAAGAAAAAAACCGGUGGUGAUAGGAGGCGCCGCUCUGGACACCGUGCUGCAGGUGAAGGAGCCCGAAAUAAACAGCGACGGCAGAACACACGCCGGGCGAAGCAGACACAGCUGCGGCGGAGUCGGCCGUAACAUCGCCGACGCGCUCAUCAAGCUCGGUUUGGAGAACACGCGACUGAUAUCCGUCGUAGGCGACGACGAUCACGGAAGAAUUAUUCUCGGGAGUUUAGGACCCGCCGGCGAGACCGUAAAACGAACGUCGGACGUGAACACCGCAAGAUUUACAGUAAUAGUGGACGCUAAUGGCGAGUGCCGCUUCUGCAUUAGCGAAAUGGAAUCUUUCUCCUCGAUCACUUCGGAAUUGAUAAAUGAACAUCGCUCGCAUCUCGAACAGGCGAGUCUCGUCGUUAUCGAUGGCAAUCUCGAGCUCGACACCGUGCGCCGCGUCCUCGACGUCGCGUCGCGCGCGAACGUUCCAGUGUGGUUCGAGCCUACGGACGUCAGGACGGCAACGAGGAUAUUCGAGGCCGGACCUCAUUGGAAGGAUGUGUUGCACUUCGUCUCGCCCAACCGAAACGAAUUGAAACUCAUAGCAAAUUGUUUCGACAUUCCCGUUCCUGAAGAUCCGGACCUGGCGGCUGUGAAAAAUAUUGCCGAGCGAUUAAACGAACACAUUCCGGUCGUUAUAACCACCCUGGGCUCGCAGGGAGUGUUGGUGACGCGCAGAGCUUCGUGGGAACGGCCGUUUUACGACGAGAACGGUCAGCUGAUCGUGAACUCCCCGACCGCUGACUCCCGAUUGUAUCCCGUCGCGGACGUUCGUCCGGGCGAGGUGCUCAGCGUGAGCGGGUGCGGAGAUUGUCUUGCGGCCGGCAUUAUUUGCGGAAUCCAUCGAAAUCUGGACGAGGCCGCUUGUGUCAACGCGGCUCUGAAAGCGGCCGCGUUAUCGCUGAGGUCUUACGAAACGGUUCCGCAGACACUCACGUCGCUAACCGGCGACUACAGAUCCUAACAACAAUACAUUAUAUUUAAGCAAUACAAAAGCUUUCGCAACAAGAGAUUAUUUUUAAUCAAAAAUACAAUUGUAAAUAAAUUGA